AUGGAGCGAGACGACAAGAAGGCAAAGGAUGCCAUCCCUGAAUGGGACGGCGAUCCAGGACGUUGGCGACACUUCGAGACGGCAGUGAAGUGGUUCCCUCGCACGCUGAAGCGGCAGGACAGGGACCUAGCGGCGAACAGGAUCAUCGGUCGCAUGCUACAGAGCAAGACGAUAGCUAUACGGACGUUUGCGACCACCCUGGAUCCAGACAGAUAUGAGAAUCCUAACGGCCACCUCCUCCUCCUGGACGACCUGAGGAACAGUCCACUGGGAAAGCUACCUAUCCCGGACGCGGCCCACAAGAUUAAGCACUACUACAAGGACUUCAAGCGGCGCAAAGGCGAGACAGUGGGCGCGCUCCUGAUCCGGGAGCAGGACUGCUACUCAGAGAUGGUCCAGGCGCUGGAACGCCUCUUGGAGGAGAUGGGCGACAAUGACAAGUACAAGCAGUGCCAGGAGUGCUACGGCUACUUCGAGAGAGACCGUGGCGCAGCCGGACGUGGACAAUGGUACUGCCAGAGGUGCUGGGACCACUGGGAACCCAGCCCCGACGCGCCGACGACCUUGGCAGCAGAUGAUGCCCCUGCCGAGGAAGCAGAAGAAGCAGAUGAGUAUGAACGACACUCGACUACGUCUCGCUCGCAGGGCUCUCGAACGGAUCGAUUUCACCGACAAGAAUCCAUGGCGAGCAAGCUCAAGGUUUCGGAAGCGAUGGCAGUGGGCUCAACGUUCUUCGGCCACGCUUCUGGAGUCCUGAGGGUCCUCCGCGGUUUCUUCCUGCUCGAGGCGAUGGAUUUCACUGAGAAAGAGAAGCAGGACGUACGCGUGGUCACGCAGAACCGCUUGGAUUUCGAUGCAGUCUCCAAGGCUUUGAAGGAGAGAUGGGAGGACAAGGCGCUGGUGCAGCGGGACUUCGGACCGAGGGCUAUGCCUCGGUACGGCCCGGAGUCGGGGCCGCAGUCGGCCCUCGUUGCGGAGUUUGACGACGUACACGGACCUGACUGGUACGACGGCUACGCAGCGGCAGCCAUGGAUGAGGAUCUCAACCAUCUCAAUGAGGAGCUCGAGGCGGCCCAGGCGCUGGCGGCAGAGGCUUCACGUACUCUAGUUCAAGCCAGGCAAGCAGGCAGCAAGGGCGACAAGAGCGGCAAGGGCAGCAAGUACCGCGACAGGGACCACGACCAGAAGGGCAAGAAUGCGAACUACCUGGAGUUUCGCACGAUCACGCACGGGUUUGACGAGCUCCAGGGUCUGUACCAGGCGGAGCUGAACGACAGCGGCCUCGCCCCCUCUGAGGCCGUGGUUGAUUGCGGGGCUUCCGCGUCCGCCGGAGGCGAGCGCGCAGUCCAGGCCCUGGUUGCCGCCGUUGCGGCUGCGAACCCACAGGCCAGGAUCGAGAUCAACAAACAUGAAAGACCGUGGUUUCGUUUUGGAGACAAUAAGUGGGGCAGAGCGCUGUAUAAGGUUUCGGUCGAGUCCGAGCCGGGCUUCGUUCUGGGUAUCUUCGCUCUCAGUCCGGGCGUGCCUCUCGUUUUGUUGGGAAUGACUGCUCUGGAGUCGUGGCCGGCAAUCGUGAAUUUCCGAACCGGGGAGGCUGUGAUCAGGGGUCAACUGGUGCAGCUUCGCAAGACUCCAGUCAAGGGCCAUUGCAUCCUCGACCUGGUGCAGCACGUUUCCGAGAUUUUAAACCCGACCGCGGAAAACACCGAGGGUCUUGCAUAG